UCAGAUCACCAGAAACUGGAACGUGAAGCUCGAAUUUGCCGACUUCUAAAGCAUCCAAAUAUUGUGCGGCUCCAUGACAGUAUUUCAGAAGAAGGUUUCCAUUACCUCGUCUUUGAUCUGGUUACUGGUGGGGAGCUCUUUGAGGAUAUUGUUGCCAGAGAAUACUACAGUGAAGCAGAUGCCAGCCACUGUAUUCAUCAGAUACUGGAGAGUGUGAAUCACAUUCACCAGCAUGAUAUCGUGCACAGGGACUUGAAGCCUGAGAAUUUACUACUGGCAAGUAAAUGUAAGGGUGCUGCUGUCAAACUGGCUGACUUCGGACUGGCUAUAGAAGUCCAGGGAGAGCAGCAAGCCUGGUUUGGGUUUGCUGGCACUCCAGGCUACCUCUCUCCCGAAGUCUUAAGAAAAGACCCUUACGGAAAACCAGUGGAUAUAUGGGCAUGUGGAGUGAUUCUGUACAUAUUACUAGUGGGGUACCCUCCCUUUUGGGAUGAAGAUCAGCACAAACUCUAUCAGCAGAUCAAAGCCGGAGCCUAUGACUUCCCAUCUCCUGAGUGGGACACUGUGACUCCUGAGGCAAAGAAUUUGAUCAACCAGAUGCUGACGAUAAACCCAGCAAAACGCAUCACAGCUGACCAGGCUCUCAAACAUCCAUGGGUCUGCCAACGAUCCACUGUUGCUUCAAUGAUGCACAGGCAGGAGACUGUGGAGUGCUUGAGAAAGUUCAAUGCUAGAAGGAAGCUAAAGGGUGCAAUCCUCACGACAAUGCUUGUGUCUCGGAAUUUUUCAGCUGCCAAAAGCCGGCUGAACAAGAAGUCAGAUGGAGUGAAG